AUGGAGCAGGCCGGUCGCUCGGAGGCGAGGUCGGUGGCGCUCGCGGCGUUAGUAAACGCCUGUCUGCACAACCACAGCGUGCAGAAAGCGACGCUGGCAGCAGGAGGGUUAGCUUUUGCCCUGGCCACGCUGUCGCUAGAGGGAAAGGAUCGUGUACUCCACGUGCCCCCGCUGGUGGCAGCUAGAUCGGCGGGGCUGCUAGCGCGCUUGUCUCCGCUACCUGAAGCGCUCGAGGCCAUGGCUCGCCCGGGUGUCGUGGACAGAAUCAUUCAGGCUACCGUACGGAGCUCAACUCUCGGAGGCGACCUCUACACAAACGCCACCCGAGCGAAACGCGUGGAUGAUGCGGCAGACGACCUAGCCGCAGCGGCCGAAACAGAAGCCGCGGCAACCUCAGCCGCGAACGCCGCCGAGAGAGAGAACCUUGUCCGCGUUCUGGGCUCCAUCUUGCGCUCAAAGCCGCCAGUGCACACCGCUGCCUGUGACGACGCGCGGAGGCUUGGAUCACCGGCACCCUCCUCUAACGUGCCCGGAGUGACGACGACCAACGAUGGGAAGGACAAAAUUGUCACCACAGCGAGACAGCUGAAGCUUGCCGAAGCGUUGAUAUCUUUCCUUCCGCCUGCUCGGGAGGAUGGAACGGAGGGUGUCACUACCACAUCUGUGUCGUUGAGGCCCAAGUGGCUUGCACCUCCCGCGGUGACGGGUAACGUUUGCGUCUGCCUUCUGCACCUUUUAAACGGCGAGGGUUCCGGCCACAUCGCCACCCAGAUUGUCGACGCGGGAGGAAUUCCCCGCCUCAUUUCGCUCUUCGCCAACUCAGGAGGCGAGGGGGGUGCUCUAUCAGCACGUACCAACGCUGCCAUCUGCUUGGCAAAACUGGCACGCGAUCCUAUGCACAAGCAGAUGAUAGCCGACCUCCGCGGCAUGGAGAUGCUUGUCCAGGUUGGCGCUGGAUUGCCUGUAUGA